GGGGCGGGGCUCACGGCUUUAACUAAGCCAAAUUAAGCGAGCUCGCUAGGGAAAAAGGACAGUCCCUUGACUGGAAAGUAAAGGAUGACAAGGACUGCUGACAACCGUCCCUGCGUGUGUGUUAUCAAUGACCUGCUUGUGUCAUUAAAAGGACAAAACAACGACUGCUGGAGGAAACGAUGCUUCCAAGGAAGACAGCAAAAAACAAGCACGAGGCUGAGACGUGGAAUGUUCUGCUUUAAGAAAACGUGCACGGGCAAGUGCCGACGGCCCGAAGCAGCGAUGAGGAGGAGGAGGCCGUCGUGAUUCACGGGCCACGCCCCCGACAGCCGAUAAGCGAGGGCGGCGAAAGUUGCGGGAAGAGGAAGUGAGAGAGAAUCCAGCUCGACCUGAUGAGCAGAGUCGGAGCGACCUGCCGCCAGCAUCUCUUUUGGAGCUGGAGGAGCGCAUCUCCAUGCGGAUGAGUCGCUACACGCAGACGCCAUCAUGUCUGCUCAUGUGGCUUCAGGCUCCGCCCCCUCAAAGGAAUCCCAGUUGUAGGAACGGACGACUGGAAUGCUCACCGUGGCCAAUGAGCUCAGCAAACCUUGGCAGGCGAUGGUCACAUCGGUGCAGAUGUUACGGAGGGGCUUCAGCAACCGCACGCUGGUCGACAUGGAGAGGAGCUCCGAUCAAAGUGGACUUUGUUGUGCGUCUACAAGGAGGAUUUGUGACAUCACGGCGGGUUUGGGGCCACUUGGUUGCGUGGAAGAGGUAACCCAUCCACAAAAAGACAAGAACAAGUCUGGGGGCAUGCUGGUGCGCCAAGGUUGCCACGACGACAAGCCCACCCCGCAGUGACGUCAGCGGACAACCCCCCUCUUUCAAAACUUUGCUCUCGAGGCCCAGGCGAACGAGCGCAGCAUCCGCGACUUUAAAGGGCGAACCGACAAGAAAGCGACCCCGGAACUAUCGCGAGACUUUGAGCGAGGAAGGCCCACCCAGCUCAAAUGCUAAUGCUAAGGAGCUCUCUGAACGGUCAAAGCCGUUAGUUGAUGACCUGCGACCCCCUACUCCCAAGCCACUUUUUUUUUUUUAUCAUUGUGCAAUCUUAACAACGAAAAGUGAUGCACGGAAGUUUCUGGAAGCACCAAAUGUGCGGUGAGGAUGGCGAGCAAGAAGUUGUCUCCUGCACAAGAAAGCGUGAUGUUAUUUAUUGGACAGUCACCAUGGAGCUGUUGCCAUCAGCAACAAUAGGGUGGAUUCAUCCAUUCAGCACAGGACGAGGACGAGGAGGAGGAGGAGGAGGAGGAGGAGGCAUUCGUAAAGUUGCGCGGAGGAGGCGACAACGUGAGCGGGAUGUUUCCCGACAUGCCGUUGCUGUUGCUCAGCCUCCAUUGGAGCGCCGUGGGUCACAUGACGGCGACACCUGUCGGCAGGAUAACGAGAGAAAAAAACAGCAGCACGGAUUGUUGACCUCUUCCUCUGCGCAGAGUGGGAAGAUGCGGCUCAGACAUGUGCAGAGGGGGGGGGGGGGAGGGCGUGAAAAACCGGUUUCCAAUAGUGACGGAUGAUUUGUAGGUAACAGUUGUUUGCCUUGCAGCCUGACAGCCAGCGCCAUGCUCGUCACGCUGUCUUUUGCUUUCCUUAAAGGAACAGUACGUCACAGCAUCACUUUGACCUGUGGACCCACCUCAGACCGCAAAUGCGUCCACAUGUUUACGACCUAGCUGCCAAAAUGUCCUCCUGACUCCACUCAAGCCACAAGAGGGCGCCAAUCACUGCAGGGCAACUUUUUUUUUGGACUCACCUUUUUGUUUAACCUGUGCGUGCCACAUGCAGUGACAAGUUUAGCCACUGGAGGGUGCAUCUCAUCAGUUUGAACUUUUUUUUUUUUUUUUUUUGCAAGAGCACAAGUCACCACACGUGUGCGUGUCACACUGGUUGGUGUGCUUUCUGCACGGACCAGUUUUGUGAUGCUGAUACAUUUGAUACCGUUGCCUCGGUAACGGCUUGCCUGCCUACCCUGAGGGUCUGGGGCAUGCAAAAAAAAAAAAAAGGUUUGUUUGCAUGUUUAAAAAAAGUUGCCAUUAAAGCAACGUGUAAAUGACACAAAAUCAAUUUGGUUUCAGCUUCUUUGUGCAAACUGUCAACUAGACACAAGUAGAGUGGUGUAUAAAGAGAAUAUGACCAACUCUGUUUCAGGCGAUCUUCUCAAUGAUCUCGGCCAAAAGGCACUCACGUGACUACAGGGCGCCAUGACUGCUACCAACAUUAAGCUGAUCGCAUGGAAUUCCUCCACCCGCGAGAAUUGUGGAAAGCUUUUACAUCGCUAUCCCCACAAGCCGGAAAGAAAACAAGUAUGGAAAGAGAAGGUUCGUAAUCAAUUCUGGAGAGCCACCGAUUACAACGUCUUGUGCGAGUGGACAGAGAAGGCCAUCCCACCCGAGAGUACAAGUCACAGUGGUGUGUCACGGCUCUGCAGUUUGUAAUGAACCUCAAAGAAGCAUGGUGUGUCCAGGCAGGUGAGGAACAUUUGAUGGAAGCUGUUCAUUUGGAAGCGUGUCGAAUGAACAAGGCUCAGACUUUGACAGUGGUGGUCCAUUGAGUGCUGGGACAAAGCGGACAAAUGGAAACCAGUUACUUGCAGGAAAAUAGGUGCUCUUUCCUAAUUCCACCGCCAGAGGGCAGCAGAGACUGGCAGGUGCCGGCGGUGGCGGAGGCGCGCACUCCUGGAUGUACUCACCUACUCGCGUGUCUUUGCGUGGAAUGCACGCGCGCCCCCUCUGCGGCUGCGGCUGCUGCUGCUCGACUGCUGCUGCGUGACUCCAUGAGGAUGGGAGGAGGAAGCCUCGUCCUGGUGCUGGCGCUUCACUUUGUGUGGCUGCUGCACUCGGUGCUGGUCAGCUCCGCCCACUGCGACGCAGUCUUCAAAGGCUUAUCGGACUGUGUGCUGCAGCUGGGAGACAACAUGGCCAACUACCCCCAAGACCUGGACGAGCAGCAGAAACUGCACAAGAUCUGCAACUACUGGGACGAUUUCCACUCCUGCGCCAGCACAGCGUUGGCCGACUGUCAGGAGGGCGCCACCGAACUUUGGGAGAAGCUCAAGAAGGAAUCUCGUAAUCUGGAUUUUCGCGGGAAUUUGUAUCAACUGUGCGGCGGGAACAACGGCGCCCCCAGGCGGGGGGCGUCCGGCGGCCUGGGUGCGCUAUUGGCGGCGCUGCCCAGCGUGCUGACGUGGCUGGCCCUUUAAGCCUCACAAAAAAAAAAAAACACUCUGGAAAAGAAGGACAAAAAAAGAACCGACUCAAGACAAAGUGCAAACUAGAAAAAAGAUGGAUUCUCUUUGCCCUCAAGUUUGCCUUCCAGGCACAACGGCCCAUCGCCACAUCAGAUUGAUCGACCGCAACACUUGGAGGAAUUCCAAAAGUAUUCCAGUCAAACGGGAACGUUUGCUCAUCAAGGUCUCCAUGACGACGCCUUGUAACCGCCGGGGCCAGGCAGAUCAGACGGAAUAUUGGGGUCUAUUCAAGGAUGCUGUGGUGAACGCCAUCAUCCGAAUGGCGACCCCCCAAAAAAAGAAAGCCCGCCAUCACACCAAUUUUUUGCUUUUUGCACCAAAUUGUUGAGCCCUGCAACUUGACUUGCAAGGCUAACACGUUACGGUAUUUGACUUUUAGCAGCUAGCUUGCUGACCCGCGAGCGGAUUUUUUUUUGUUGUCGUUGUUUGUUUGUGGUGGCAGACAGGAAGUGAGCGUUCAGCCUGUGGAUGGAUGUCGACCUGCAUGAUGUCGCUUGUCAACGCCUUUCGGGAAAUGAGCACAAACGGCGAGGUGUUAGCUUAGCGUGUUAGCAAAGCAACACUAAUCAACCAGGUGAAGCAAAGCAAUCAACGCGAGCUGCGCUAAUGCUCACAUUCAAGUUAGCCAGUUUAUGAAUAAAACAUGUCGCAAGCUAACACUUUGAUUAGCAUUCAGGCAGCUAACAGUGAUUAGUGUGGGGUUUUUUUUAAGAGUUUUGUUUGCGAGCAAACACUUUUGCCGCAAAAAGACGUUCUAGCGCCAAGUGUUCACUCGAAGCUAAGUUAUUGAUUUUUUUGGAAUAUUUUUUUACGUUUGUGCUCCUUUCCUGAAACCUUUGAGAAGUUUUCUUUGGAUGUACGUAGUAACAUUAGCAUUAGCCUUGUGUUGUACACGCAGCAAAAAAAAAGAGCAAUACGGCGACGUCACGGCCAGUGAAGUAGCUCCAAAAAAACACCAAUAAGAUUCCAUUAAUCAAUCAAUAAUAAAUAGUGACCAGACUGUUGUGUUGAACUAAAAGACGUCAUUGAUUAAUAAUAAUAAUAAUAAUAACUUCUAUGUCUUUGUUUGUUUGUUUGCUCGCAACUUUACCAAUCAUUCAAAAAAUUAUGAAGAAUUUAUUAUGUACAUUUAGAGGAUUUUGAAAAAAUAUUCAUAAUGAGAGGGAAAAAAAAGAUUAUUAUUAUUAUAGAAAGUUUUAACACUCCAUCGAUACAGAUGAUAGAAAUAUAUACAUAAAAGAUUGACAUGAUUUAGUGCUAAAUAAAAGAAUGUCAUGUUU